CUUUGGCGAGCUAUUCUCAGCCAGAUCCAAAGUUGUUGGCUGAAUUACGUAUUUGGUGAGGCUUCGGCAGUUGAGUAUUAAUUUGUUUGUAAUGUGAUGGUUUUUUGAACAAAGAAAACUUAAAAGGCAUUUGUCAAAAGUUAAUCAGAUGUCAAAAAUACGUAGUCGAAUUACGAUUUAGCAGAUACUGCUCACGUCCUCUUCAAAUAGACCGCGAACAUUUGCAUUAGGGUAUCACAAAUGGCAUUAAAGGGAACAGCAUUUUUAUUGUUGCUGGUUCAAACAUCGGCAACCAUCUCGGACAUGGAAAGAGACUAUAAUCUCUUGGCCGCGGACAAUAACUCAGAAUUUUCGCGUUUCAAUCACUUAAAACCGUGGGAUAACAGACAGCUUUUGGGAUACGUCGUCAAACAGUUCAAUUCUCCCAGUUUGUUAUCGUGCGCUCAGCAGUGCCUUUUGACCGCCUGGUGUACUUCCACAAACUUCAAGUUGUUUUCCAAGAAGGACAGCAAAGGAACUUGUGAGCUGAACAAGCACGACAUCUGUGUUGUUAACGAAAACGUCGAUUUUGCUGAGCAGAAGGGGGUCAUUUUCUCAUUGCUUCUAAAGGAUUGCCCGCAAGGUUGGUUUCGUCAUGAGAAUUCAUGCUACCUUAUUCAUAACACUCCCACUCCAAGAUGGAACGAUGCACUCACGUUUUGUCAAAAUCACCGGGCACAUCCGCCGAUAAUCAAAUCUGCCGAUGAGAACGACUUCAUAUUUCGCGUUAUAAUGAGCCAACCAAACGGGAGAGAUCUUAGUGCAUGGAUUGGACUGAGCAGAAAAAUGGACGAUAAGUUUUACUGGAUGGACGGUACUCCGUUAGCGGGCCGGUUCUCAGCAUGGGCGCAGGGAGAACCAAACUACCUUCACGAAAAAUGUGUUUUUAUAUUCAGAAAAAAGUGGUACGACUGUCCCUGUACUUUUGGUGGUUCACCUCCGUUUCCAGCCCCAGUUGUUCUGUGCCAAAAAAGUAUUUUCUGACUGUUGGAUUCCUUAAUAGUUCACCUCAGUUUAUCCAAUGUUCACGUUAUGUUCCGGAAGUUAAAGUUUGUACGCCGCUAUGAGUUAUGCUGUAAUCGUUUCAUAAUGGCCUCUCGUAUGAUUAAAGACUUCUAAGUUUAUCAGUUCCAUCGUUCAUCAAUCUUGUUCAUCGUUUGUCGGCAUUAGAGAGAGACAUCACAGUCUAACAUAUUCUGUGUUCAAUGAAAACCUGCUCACAUUAAGUUCGAUUUAAAAGUUCACUUGCAUGAACGGCAUAUCACAAAAUUGAGAACUCGUCUAUUUAAGGUGAAAAAUUUUGAAAGAUAUAGCAAAGCUUAUAUUUAGAUUAAUCAUGCUAAACAAACAAAAAAAUUGACUGUCCUUACUGGAAGAGCAUAAUUAUUAUUUUGUGUUGCCGUUGAUGAAGAAGCUCAGGAAAAUGGCCUGCAUUGACAUAGGAGUCUAAAAAAUCUUGGCUAUGACCGCUGGAAAAUGUCAUUGUAGACUCAAUUGAG